AUGGAAGAGCCAUCAACAUCUAGACUUCCAAAUUUCAAUGUGAAGAGAAGAUUGAGUUCUACGUCAUAUGAAAUCUUAAAAGAACUCAGGGAGGCGGGUGAACUCUGUGAUGCUAUUAUCAGGGUCGAUGGAGUGGAAAUGAAAGUUCACAAGAACAUCAUGUGCAGCUGCAGUUCAUAUUUUAGGGCUUUAUUUGCCGGUGCCUGGCGUAAUGCAGAGAAGCAAGUAUACAAUAUUCCUGGUGUUUCUGCACACAUGAUGGAGUCAAUUAUAGAAUAUGCUUAUACCAGAACAGUCGCUAUCACCAAUGACAAUGUGGAGCAACUCCUUGCUGCAGCAUCUCAGUUUCAUGUGAUAGGCAUUGUGAGUGCUUGCUGUGAGUUUCUUGAGUCUCAGUUAUGCUCAGAAAACUGCAUUGGAAUUUGGAAGAUUGCAAACUGUUACCACUGCUUUGAGCUGAAAAACAAGGCCAAUAUCUUCAUCCUUCACAACUUUGAACAGAUGGUAAAAGUAUCAGAUGAAAUUCUGCAGCUGUCGUCUUCUGAACUAGGAGAAUUCAUAGAGAAAGAUGAACUUAAUGUGAAGCAAGAGGAAGUGGUGUUUGAGGCCAUCAUGAAAUGGAUUUCUCAUGAGCCACAAGAAAGAAAAAAAAUCCUUCCACUUUUGCUCCAAAAGGUGAGACUGGCACAAAUGAAUGCUGAAUAUUUUAUGAACAAUGUCAAAAAUAAUGAAUAUAUGAAAGACAAUGACGAAUGCAAGCCUAUAAUUGUAAGUGCCAUUAAAGUCAUGCAUGACAUCAAUAGCAGUAAUCCUUCCUAUGCAGAAUUCAGGAAUCAACUAAAUAGGCCUCGACUGCCAUACGAAGUUGUCUUUGCUUUUGGAGGAUGGAGUGGACCUAAUGCAACAAAUGUUUUUGAAGCAUAUGAUGCUCGUGCUGACAUGUGGGUGGGUAUCACAAGGACAGAAGAAAACCCUCGGGCUUACCAUGGUAUGGCAUACCUGAAGGACCGCAUAUAUAUUAUUGGUGGAUUUAAUGGUGCAAAUUACUUUAGCAAUGCUACAAGUUUUGACCCUGUCAAAAAGAAAUGGCAGGAAGUUGCUCCCAUGCAUUCCAGUCGCUGCUAUGUUAGUGUGAUUGCACUGAAUGGCUUCAUUUAUGCAAUUGGUGGCUUUGAUGGCCAUAUACGCCUAAAUACAGCAGAGCGCUAUCAGCCUGAAACAAACCAGUGGACUAUUAUUUCACCUAUGCAUGAAGUGAGAAGUGAUGCAAAGGCCACAACUCUGCAUGGAAAGGUAUACAUAUGUGGAGGCUUCACUGGGAAUGAAUGUUUAUUCAGUGCUGAAUCAUAUGAUCCACAAACUGACCAAUGGACCUUGAUUGCUCCAAUGACAAGCAGAAGAAGUGGGAUAGGAGUUAUUGCUUAUGAUGAACAGAUUUAUGCGGUUGGCGGUUUUGAUGGAAUGAAUCGACUUUGUACUGCAGAGGCCUAUGAUCCACUUACAGACACCUGGCAUGCCAUCCCCAACAUGUUAAUCCCUCGUAGCAACUUUGGAAUUGAGGUAGUAGAUGAUGUUCUCCUCGUUGCAGGAGGAUAUAAUGGUUCUUCAACUACUUUCAAUGUUGAAUGCUAUGACAAGAAGAUAAAUGAAUGGUUUGAGCUCAGUGACAUGGGCCUUUCCCGCAGUGCUUUGAGCUGUUGUGUCAUUGCUGGCUUGCAAAAUGUUAAAGAAUAUGCAAUGCCAAGGGACAACUAUGUUGUCUUUGAACAUUGA